CACUACGGCGCCACGGUGAAGCUCGUCUGCUCGGUGACGGGCAUGGCGCUGCCUAGACUGAUCAUCCGCAAGGUGGACAAGCAGACGGCGAUGCUGGACGCCGACGACCCGGUGUCACAGCUGCACAAGUGCGCCUUCUACAUGAAGGACACCGAGCGGAUGUACCUCUGCCUCUCGCAGGAGCGCAUCAUCCAGUUUCAGGCGACGCCCUGCCCGAAGGACCCCAGCAAGGAGAUGAUCAACGACGGCGCCAGCUGGACCAUCAUCAGCACCGACAAGGCGGAGUACACCUUCUACGAGGGCAUGGGCAGUCUGCACAGGCCGGUGACGCCGGUGCCCAUCGUCCACUCGCUGAAUGUGAACGGCGGCGGCGAGGUGGCCAUGCUCGAGCUGACGGGCGAAAAUCUCAGCCCCUCGCUGAAGGUCUGGUUCGGCGACGUCGAGGCGGAGACGAUGUAUCGGUGUCAGGAGAGCAUGCUCUGCGUCGUGCCGGACAUUGCGCAGUUUCGCGAGGGCUGGCUCUGGGUGCGCCAGCCGACGCAGGUGCAGGUGUCGCUGGUGCGCGAUGACGGCAUCAUCUACGCCACCGGCCUCAGCUUCACCUACACGCCGGAGCCGGGCCCCCGCCAGAUCAACCCCGCCUUUGAGCGCAUACUCCGCCCCAACUCUUCGACCUC